GACAGAGAUUCGAGACAACCUUCUUCAUCCAGCGUUGACUUGUCCCUCUACCUGUUGCGUUGCGUGAUUCUCAACUGUUAGCCACCAUAUCACCACCGAGUCGCCCUUGUUCUUUCAACACACUCCCCCCCCCCCCCGGGCUUCCGCGACCCGAAGAAGAAACCAGAAAAAGAAACAUGCCCACCCGCGAAGAGAUCACGUAUUUCGGCGCCGGCCCUGCCUUGCUGCCGACGGAUGUCCUGCAGCAGGCCUCCCAAGCACUCCUCGACUACAAUGGUACGGGCCUCGGCAUCGCGGAGCACUCUCAUCGCUCUCAGCUCGCCACUGAUAUCAUUAACAACGCCAAGGCCGACUUGGCCACCUACCUUGACAUACCCAGCGAUGAGUACGAGAUCCUGUUCAUGCAGGGCGGUGGCAGUGGCGAGUUCUCCGCUACCGUGUACAACAUGGUCGGCGCCUGGGUCACCCGGAAGAAGGCUGAGAUCCUCGCUGCGAAUGGGGUCGACGAGAAGGACUGCCAGGCUGAAUUGUUAGAGAAGGAGCUGGCCAAUGCUGUCGGCGGGCUGAAGCUGGACUAUAUCGUCACCGGCAGCUGGUCGUUGAAGGCGUACCAGGAGGCGCAGAGGCUGCUGGGCCCAGAGCAUGUCAACCUGGUCUGCGAUGCUCGGACCAUCAAUGAUGGCAAAUUCGGCAAGAUCCCCGACCAGAACACCUGGAAGUUGUCCCCCGACGCAGCCAUGGUGUACUACUGCGACAAUGAGACUGUUGAUGGCGUUGAGAUGCCCAACUUCCCAGAGAUCCUGGCGGCCAAGGCUGACGGGACUGGUCCCAUCGUUGUGGCUGACAUGUCCUCCAACAUCCUGUCGAGGAGGAUCCCGGUCAAGAAUUACUCCUUGAUCUUUUUCGGCGCGCAGAAGAACCUCGGAUCCACUGGAAUUACCGUUGCCAUCGUCAAGAAGGAUUUCCUGCCUCCUGCGGUGCCACAGCCAGCGCCAGCUCUGCUGCGGAAGCUUGGGCUUCCCAUCGGGCCAGUAGUGCUGUCCUACGAGACGAUUGCCAAGAACAACAGCCUGUACAACACGCUGAGCAUCUUCGAUGUGUACAUCGCCGGCUCAGUACUGAAGAAACUCCUGGCUACUUUCCCUGACAAGGUUGACGGGCAGGAGGCAGUCGCUAACAAGAAGGCUCAGCUGAUCUAUGCAGCGCUCGAAGCACACCCUGGAGCAUACAAGAUCGUGCCUGACAAAUCUGCCCGGUCCAGGAUGAACAUCUGCUUUCGCGUGACCAAGGCGCUGCAGGGAGGUAAUAUUGACGAGGCUGAGAAGGCAUUCCUCAAGCAGUCAACUGACUUGGGACUCACCGGCCUCAAGGGCCACAGAAGCGUUGGUGGUAUCCGCGCCAGCAACUACAACUCUAUUGCCCUAGAAGGAGCCGAAAAAUUGGCUUCUUUCAUCAACAAAUUUGCGACGGCAUGA